UAGUGAUCAAAGUGGUCGUUCGGUCGUUCCCUUUUCUCUUUGUGCAUUGUAGCCGAUAAAAGCGUAAAGAAAAAUAAUUAAUUAGGUCCUUCAUCCAAAAUGGUAUCAUUAAAUCCAAUUCGUAUCCUUAAAAAUGAAGCAGAAGAGGAGAAAGCUGAAGUUGCCCGGAUGUCCAGUUUCAUCGGUGCCAUUGCCAUAGGAGAUUUGGUAAAGAGUACUUUAGGUCCCAAAGGAAUGGAUAAGAUCUUAGUUUCCUGCGGGAGGAACUCUGGUCAGGUCGAAGUAACAAAUGAUGGUGCUACGAUAUUGAAAUCUAUCGGUGUGGAUAAUCCUGCUGCUAAAAUCCUAGUAGAUAUGUCUAAGGUACAAGAUGAAGAAGUCGGAGAUGGCACCACAUCUGUUACAGUUUUGGCUGCUGAAUUACUUCGAGAGGCUGAAAAAUUAAUUGAACAAAAGCUGCACCCUCAAACAAUCAUUGCUGGUUGGAGAAUUGCUUCUGAUGCAGCCAAACAAGCUCUUGCAGAAGCUAGCUUUGAUCAUCAGAAGAACUUAAAUGAGGCUUCAUUAAGAGUGGAUUUAGAAAACAUCGCACGGACCACACUGAGCUCAAAGAUCCUUUCAAAUCACAAAGAGCAUUUCACAAAAUUAGCAGUUGAUGCAGUUUUGCGUUUGAAAGGAUCUGGUAAUUUAAAAGCUAUUCAAAUUAUCAAAAUAUCUGGAGGUCUUCUUGAAGAAUCAUUCUUGGAUGAAGGGUUCUUGCUAAACAAAAAAGUUGGUGUACAUCAACCAAAGAAAGUAGAAAAUGCUAACAUCCUUAUUGCAAACACACCAAUGGACACUGACAAGAUUAAAGUGUUUGGUUCCACAAUUAAAGUGGAUUCAAUGGCCAAGAUUGCUGAAUUGGAAGUAGCUGAGAAAGAGAAAAUGAAGGACAAAGUGAACAAGAUUUUAGCACACAAAUGUAAUGUCUUCAUUAACAGACAACUUAUAUACAACUACCCAGAGCAGUUGUUUGCUGAUGCUGGAGUAAUGGCAAUUGAGCAUGCUGAUUUCGAAGGUAUCGAAAGGCUUGGCUUGGUCACUGGAGGGGAAAUUGUGUCAACAUUUGACUCACCAGACAAAGUGAAACUUGGUCACUGCAAAUUGAUCGAAGAGGUUCUGAUUGGUGAUGAGAGCUUGAUCCGCUUCUCUGGUGUAGCGUUGGGCUCGGCUUGCACGAUCGUAAUCCGUGGUGCCACACAACAAGUUAUCGACGAAGCUGAGCGUUCACUCCAUGAUGCGCUUUGCGUGCUUGCUGCUACUGUAAAAGAACCGAAGGUCAUAUGUGGGGGAGGGGCUGGUGAAAUGCUAAUGGCAGAAGCAGCUUCCCGCGCCGGCGCUCGCACAGCCGGGAAGGAAGCCGCAGCAGCCGAAGCCUUUGCAGUCGCGCUCCGGAGACUGCCGUCCGCUGUCGCCGACAAUGCUGGCUACGACAGUGCUGAUCUCAUCGCUCGACUCAGAGCACAUCAUUCUCGAGGAGAAAACACUAUGGGAUUAGAUAUGCAAAACGGCACUGUUGGUGAUAUGAAGAAGUUGGGUGUGACCGAGUCGUAUGUCGUAAAGAGACAGGUCCUGUUGUCUGCGGCUGAAGCGGCCGAGAUGAUUCUUCGUGUCGAUAACAUUCUGAAGGCAGCACCCAGACGCCGCGGACCCGACCGUCGCCCAUGUUAAGCUUUUCUUCACUGAAAACCAUCAUCCCAAAUAAAACAGUAAUAUUAGGGUAAACCAUACAACCGCGGGCACUCCAACAUUCUAAUACAAUUGGCGCCGAAGAAUAAUAUUAGCAUUAUAUAUGGGCAUUGAAGUACUCUAUAGUUUCCGGGUAUAUUCAGCCUAAAACUUGCUUGCCGAAUUCUAUAAACAUAAAAAAAAAAA